AUGAACUUCAGUAGCUCUCAAGCCGACAACUCAUUGUUUUUGAGAAAAUCUUCACACUCAAUGAUUAUGAUAUUGAUAUAUGUGGAUGACAUACUGGUUACAGGUAGCAGCACUCAAGAGAUUGAGCAGGUGGUAUCUCAGGUCAGUGCAAACUUCUCCUUAAAAGAUCUAGGUGAGAUUCAUAACGUUCUGGGCAUGAAGGUACAAAGGUCUGAGAAAGGUAUGUUUUUGUCUCAGCAAAGAGAAGAAGAUAUGGCAAAUCAAGCGGAUCCUGCUUUGGAAGAUGAGGCCACUACCCCAUUGAAGGACAAUAAACAAUCUGCAAAAGUUGGCGACACUUCAACGGCAAAGAGGAACUUGACCGAUCAAUUUGCUGAUGAAUCAGUCACAAGCAAUAAAGGAAAAGCAAAGGUUGAUGAUGAUGAUGAUGGGAACUUGCUUCCGACCAAUGGGGAAGAGGAUUUUUAG